AUGGAGGCAGUUGCAACCCCGCGUAUCACCUGCGCCUACCUCAACUCUUACGUGGGCAAGAAUGUGAUAAUUGUCGGAAAGGUCAUCCAGUUGCGGGGAGAAGAGGCCCUUAUCGAUGCGGACGGCAAUAUCACGGCGCACCUGAAUCGCGAGGCGCAUCUCCUUGCUGGGAAUGGCGCCCAGAUUAUCGGCAAAGUCAACCCUGAUCUCUCCGUCAGGGUACUCAGUGCCCUUGAUCUAGGCACCGGCGUAGAUUACGCCCUCGCCAACACCGUUGUCGAGGUGUCCCACCAACAUCGGGACUUGUUUAUCUACAAUUAA